AUGAAGCCAGAUGAAGAGAGAGACAAGAGAAAAGGGAUGGAAAACUGUGGUUCAGACAUGAACUUUUCCUAUAAACAUUGCAAGAUCAAAUAUGACUGCAUUUCUUUUUUUCAUCUAGUUGCGUCUGCCACUUCGGAAAGCCAAAGCUUAGACAUUGCCUGUCCUCUCGGAUACUUCCCCUGCGGAAAUAUUACCAAGUGUCUUCCUCAACUGAUGCACUGUAAUGGAGAGGAUGAUUGCGGAAACCAAGCAGAUGAAGACAACUGUGGAGAUAACAAUGGAUGGUCUCAGCAGCUUGAUAAACAUUUUGAGAAUCAAAAGUUUGACCUGAAUUUCUUUGACACAGAGAAGAAACCGUCAGAGUGCUUGCUUGGUUUGGUGCCAGUUAAAUGUUUGUGCAGAGGUUUAGAACUUGAUUGUGAUGGAGCAAAUUUAACUACUGUCCCUUCAGUAUCUUCAAAUGUGACCAUGAUGUUCCUUCAGAAUAAUAAGUUGAAAGAACUAAUUACAGACGGAUUCUAUUCAUACCCAGGACUGCGCAAUCUAUAUUUGCAGUAUAAUGAAAUCAGGACUGUUUCUAUUUAUGCAUUUAGAGGACUUCACAACCUAACAAAACUGUAUUUGAGUCACAAUGAAAUAACCAUGUUGAAGCCAGGAGUGUUUCAAGAUCUCCACCGACUAGAAUGGCUGAUCAUUGAAGAUAAUAAAAUCAGUCAGAUCUGGCCGCAGACGUUUCAAGGUUUACAUUCACUUAUUCUUUUAGUAAUGCUAAAUAAUUCCCUUGAGCACUUGCCUGAUAAACCUCUCUGCCAACACAUGCCUAAAUUAAACUGGCUGGAUUUUGAAGGCAACAAUAUUCAAAUUUUAAGGAACUCAACUUUCACUUCCUGCAAUACAUUAACUGUUCUAGUGCUGCGAAAAAACAGAAUCAGCAUAAUAAAUGAGAACACAUUUUCCUUCCUCUACAGAAUGGAUGAGUUGGACCUGUCUAAUAAUAAAAUUGAAACAUUUGACUCAUCUUUACUGAGGGGCAUGUCAGAUUUAUCCCAACUAAAUAUCUCUUAUAAUCCCAUCCAGAAGAUACAAACAGACCAAUUUGUUUUUGUGCCUAAACUGAAAUCCCUCAGCAUGGAAGGAAUUGAAAUUCCAAAUAUUCAAAGACAAAUGUUCAUGCAGCUCAAGAACCUAACUCACAUAUAUUUUAAAAAAUUCCAGUACUGUGGUUUUGCACCACAUGUUCGCAAUUGCAAGCCAAACACUGACGGCAUUUCAUCUCUUGAAAAUUUGUUAGCAAGUAUUGUCCAGCGGGUGUUUGUUUGGGUUGUUUCCAUCAUAACCUGCUUUGGAAAUAUUUUUGUUAUCUGUACACGACCAUACAUCAGAUCUGAAAACAAACUUCAUGCCAUGUCUAUCAUAUCCCUGUGUUGUGCAGAUUGCUUAAUGGGCGUAUAUCUCUUUGUUAUUGGAUAUUUUGACCUCAAAUACAGAGGAGAGUACAAUAAGAAUGCCCAAGCAUGGAUGGACAGCACACAGUGCCGGCUGGUCGGAGCUUUAGCCAUACUCUCGACAGAAGUGUCUGUUCUGCUACUUACAUAUUUGACUCUGGAGAAAUAUAUUUGCAUAGUAUACCCAUUCAGAUGUCUAAAACCUGGGAAAUGUAGGACGAUUUCAACUUUGAUUCUCAUUUGGAUUCUUGGUUUUAUAGUUGCCUUCAUACCCCUCACUAACCAGAGAGUUUUCCAAAACUAUUAUGGAACUAAUGGGGUAUGCUACCCUCUACACUCGGAGCAGCCAGAAAGCACUGCAGCACAGAUAUACUCUGUCAUUAUUUUUCUAGGUGUGAAUUUGGUAGCGUUUAUCAUCAUUGUGUUUUCCUACAGCAGUAUGUUUUACAGUAUUCACCAAACUGCAAUAAUGGCUACUGAAAUACACAAUCACAUAAAGAAAGAAAUGACCCUCGCAAAGCGUUUCUUCUUCAUUGUGUUCACGGACGCUCUCUGCUGGAUACCUAUAUUUAUACUCAAACUUCUCUCUUUGAUGCAAGUGGAAAUACCAGGAUCCAUUAGUUCCUGGGUAGUGAUCUUCAUAUUGCCAAUUAACAGUGCCCUGAAUCCUAUUCUUUACACAAUAACAACACGUCCUUUUAAAGAGAUGAUCUGCCAGUUCUGGAACAACUACAAACAUCGACCUGCUAUUGGAAACAGGAACAACCAGAAAGUCUUUGCAGCUUCUUUGUUCUGGGUUGAGAUGUGGCCAUUGCAAGAUGUAUCUCCAGAAAUGAGACCUCGACUAUACACAGACUCUGAAACGUCAGUCACAACCAGACUGAGUUAUUAUAUAUAGAUGAAUUUCAGAAGAAGGUGGAAUGGCCGCUUUUAUUCUUCCCAGUUUAGACAACAAAGUGGCAAAAUAUUAAUCUGUUUGAUGGUUAAACAGAAUUAAAGCCCAUAGAGUGCACAUAUAUUACAGACUAACAGUGCAGAGAUAAAAAAAAACUUUUUGUAUGAAACCUUGUAAAAAAUAAUUAUUACAAAUUUGACCAUCAUGGUGCUGCAGAGAUUCACCUUUCCCUUGUUGCUGUUUGGUCUCAGGAAUACAUUACAUCUGGUUCACAUCUAAAAUAUGACCAGUAGACAGAUUGGUGACAAGCACAUUCAUAUGUUGUUAAAUUGUGGGAAACUUGUAGAGUGAUUAUGAUUGUGAGCAAAUAGGUGCAAAAAAUAGUUACUUUUUACUCUAGAAUAAGAACUGCAUACCUGUCCACCAUUUUAUUUAAAGCAGUGUGUUUUACCAUUUGAACGCUUUGCACUUGCAAGAAUUAUUCAAAAUGUUAAAGGUUACAGUUAAUUGUGAGAUCAGGAAAUACAUGCUCAAGACCGUGGCUGAAAUCAACUGUACAGUGGUUGCAAUCAUUUUGAAAGGUCUUCUACAGACUACAAGAAAUAUGUCCUACAAACUUCCAUUAAAAUAUCUAUUUCAAUACAGCAUGUUUUGCCAUUAAGAUAAAACAAACAAAAAACAGGCAGCUGUUUGACUCUUUAUUUUAACAUUUUUUUUUAUACUUGAAGCAAUAACAUUUUAUUGAUGUUAAAGAUUCUGGUUGCUUGUUAUAAUGCAGGUGUAUCAAAAAGACACAUUUUAUGUGACAAAAUGGUUGUACGUAAAUGAGAGUACAUCUUAAUCCUUGCAUUUAAAGCACAACCUUUUAAAGGUGUCCUAUCUUAUUAAAUAAUUAUAAAAAUAACAA